GGUGCACAAAUAACAAUCAGUUUCUUUUCAACGCAGUAAACAUGAAAUCAUCGAAUUUAACAAUUAGAAACCUUUAUCUAUUAUUUUUAGUGGGAUUUUUUAUUAUGGUCCAAUCAUUAAAAGAUUAUUCAGGCUACAAAAUUUAUGUUUUUCUACCAAAAGAUGAUAUACAGGAUGCAAUUGUUAGAGACAUAAUUGAUUUACCUGGAGUGGAUGCAUUUAAAGCAUAUCGCCGGCUAUUUGCACCUGAAUAUAUGAUUGCACCAGAAACCCAACCAUUGAUAAAUGAUAUUUGUGUUGUAACAAAUUUAUCAUAUGCUAUUGCUGUACAUGAUCUUGGCCAUGUCUUCAGGCGGGUUGGUACAGGAUCGUCAUCUGAUUAUGAAGUUCUUUUGAAGGAAAGUACUCUUCCCAGAGUAAAACCAGGAUAUAUUUCAUUUCAGCAAUAUGAAACAUAUGAAAAUGUACAAGCAUAUUUGGACAGACUAGCUUUACAAUAUCCACAGCUUAUGGAUAUGUUUUCAAUUGGUAAUACGUACGAAGGGCGCAACAUUACUGUCGCACGAAUAACUAAUCAAAAAAUUAGGCAUCGAAAACCGGUCAUUUUAAUCGAUGCAGGAAUACAUGCACGUGAAUGGAUUGCUCCCGCAUUUGCUUUAUACAUCAUUCAUAAACUGGUGGAAAGAAGUUAUGAACAUUCUGCGCUAUUGGAUAAUUUUGAAUGGUUCAUAAUACCGUUAUUGAAUCCAGAUGGAUACGAAUAUAGUCGGACUAAUGAUCGAUUAUGGCGAAAAAAUCGAGCACCAAAUUUUAAUACCGAAUGUAUUGGUACUGACCUAAAUCGAAAUUGGGGCUACCAUUGGGAAUCAAAUUAUCAUCGUGAAUGUGACAGUUCUUAUUCUGGAGAUGAAGAAUUUUCUGAAUUUGAAUCAAGGGCCCUACGUGAUUUGGGAUACGCUCUAGGCGAUGAUGUAUUGGUGUAUCUUACACUCCAUGCAUAUGGCCCAUUGUUAUUGUAUCCAUGGGGAUUUAAAUCAGAAGUACCUCCAGAUUAUGCAGACCUAGACUCACUUGCCAAAGCAAUGACCGAUGCUUUAAGUAUUCCGUACGUGUUUGGAAGUUCAAACAAUGUUUUGUAUGCAGCUCCAGGUGGAAGUGACGAUUGGUUUAAAGGAGUGAUUGGUACAAAAUAUUCUUAUACGUGGGAAUUACCCCCAGGUGGCACAACUGGAUUUGAAAUACCUGAACAUAACAUAAUGUCUACUGUCGUCGACUCAUUUAAUGCAAUAGAAGCAUUGGGUGCAUAUUUUUUAAAUUUGUGUAAUCAAUCACAACAUCCAUAUCAUUCACAAUAUAAAACGCAACCCAAAUACCAUAAACGAUCAUCAGAAAUGUUAAAGGUUCGUAAUGAUCCAUUAAUUCAUUCAUAGUGAUAUAUUGCAAAAUGAGACAUUAAUAAGUUCUUAGAUAAAACAAAAGUGUAUA